AUGCAUUUGUCCAGCUACGAAAAUAUUACUCAAGACAAUAUUAUCUUUAAUCAAGCCAAAGAAUACAAAGUCAAAGAUAGCAAUAUCAAAUACAAACGUAUCCCAAUUGAAGUUAAAUAUCAAAAUGGAAAGAAAGGACCACUUGUAGUUGAAUCUCCAGUUCUUUUCAGCUUUGGUGUUAAUGAGAAGAAAAAUCAAGAUACAAAUAAGUUAAUUGGUUAUAGUAUACCAGUAUGUCUUUGGAGUAAAGAUAGUGCCCCAAAUCCUAAAGAACUAUCAUUUUUUGAAACCCUAAAAAAUGUUGUUUCAUUGUGUCAAAGUCAUUUAGAAAAUGAAUAUGGUGCAGAUUUAGCAUCAUCUCUGUCUUCACCAUUUUAUUACAAACAAAUAGAAUACACAGAUAAGAAAGGAAAAAAGAAAACAAAAGUUGAUGAAUCAUCCGCACCAGUUCUCUACGCAAAACUUAUUUACUCAGAAAAAUCAAAGAAAAUAUUAUCUUUGUUUAAGGGAAAAGGAGGUAAGGAUUUAAAUCCUUUUAAAUAUAUUAACCAGUACUGCAAUGUUAAAUUGGCAUUGAUAAUUGAAGGAAUCUUUGUAAGUAAGACUGUUACAUCUUUACAAAUAAAAGUACAUGAGUGCUAUGUCAAACCAUUAAAACCUAGAGAGACUUUACUAAAAAUUGAUGAGGAAGAUAGUGAAAGUGAAGAUAGUGAAAGUGAAGGGAUAACUGAUCAAUUACUUGAAGGCUUAUUUAUCUCUGAUAAAGAAAAUGAGUAG